ACACUUUGUUAUAAUGUUGAAAAAUAACCAUGUGGAUACUGAACUGGACACUAUUCAUGAUAAGUCUGGAAGAAAUAGUUCAAUACAUCCACAAUGUAGCUGUACGAGAUUAACCGCGUCAACACACGAUAUAUCUUCGAAAAGUGCCAUACAUUCCUUAUGGUUCACCAUAGACGAUUUUGAUAUAGGAGGUCUUGUGGGUGAUGGAGCUCACGGUCAAGUUUUUUUGGCGCGAGAACGAAGAACUGGAUUCAUAUGUGUAUUGAAAUGCAUUCCAAAAGUUCAGCUCGUUGGGAGUGGGAGAGAAUCCAUGUUUAAACAUGAAAUAGAAAUGCAUAGUCAUCUUCGACAUCCGAAUAUAUCAUGUCUCUACACUUGGUUUACUACGAGUACAAUGAUUUAUAUGGUUAUGGAAUACUGCUACAAUGGUGAUUUAUAUACACAUCUGAUGAUUAAUAAGAGAUUCGAUGAGAAAAGAGUUUCAGAGAUGUUGUUUGAGAUCACAUGGGCAGUACGGACAUGUCACGACAAACACAUAGCUCAUCUGGAUAUUAAACCGGAGAAUAUCCUCCUAGAUCAUAAUUUUAGCUGCAAGUUAGCUGAUUUUGGAUUAUCAGCGCACAUUGAGGGAUUCAACAUAAACCACAUGAGAGGAACAUAUGAUUAUUGGUCCCCGGAGCAAUGUGCAUACAAAUACAAGACAAACAAGUUCGGGGAGUUUAACCAAAAGAGCGAUGUAUGGACUUUGGGAGUUCUGGCAUUCGAACUUUAUUUCGGAGUUUCACCAUUUGGAACGACAUGUGAAGAAUCCGUAGAAACCGUUUUAAGCCGUAUACAAAACUACACUUGGUGCAAAUACUGGGUAAGCAAGUAUGGAAGCUUGUACAUAUCUGACAUAUCAUCCGAAUUUAAGGAUUUUCUGGACUUGUGUUUCACUAAAGAUUCAGGCAAACGACCCACUGCGAGCACCCUACUGUACCAUCCAUGGCUAAAACUACACAACAAGGGCAGAUAUGUGGACGAUGUCUUUAUAAAUCAACACAGAAUAUAGCAAUAAACUAAUGCAAUUUCUUAGUGGUUACUCCUCAAGUUCCAGAUAUGUGGCCUCUGGUGCAUCGUAUAGCUGAAAAAACAGCAAAUUCUGUAUUUAGUAUUUCAAAAAUGUAGAAACUAACAUUCAAAUCGAGAAAAUUGU